AUGGACCCAUCAACCGGCGUCGAACCACCAACGGAGAAAGAGCCUGAGCAUGAGAAUGAUGUCGACAAUGGCCAAGAGAAAGAAGAGCGGCAGCCGAUUGUGCGGGUUGACCAAAUGAAGAAACAGCGAUUUCGUUACGUCAAGUCCAGCAAACCCAAAAGCCGAUCACAAGCAUUCAGCCGCUAUGUGAUCAUCGUGGCGCGACGCAUCAGCGCUCAGGGUGUCUUUACUGGCGAAUACGUGGUCGACAUCAGGGGAAAGCACCUACAGCAGAUCAUCUCAGAGGCAUAUCAGGAUAUGCCUAGUAUCCCGUUUUCCAGUUUGAUCACUUUAGAGAAAGAGGAAUUGAAGCUCCUUUUCUAUGAGCGGGUUACUUUUGCCCGGAAACUACAGAACGCCCAGCAGACUGAGACGUCAGGCUCAGAUCCGAUCCUGAGAGCCAUGAUUUUCGAGCUGACUGCUCUCGUGAGCUUCAUUGACGAACACUUUUCCUCGGUGACCUAUGAGCUUUCGCAACUUCCCACGGACCGUGUCACUUAUGAUCUCCUCUGGACAUUGUUUCGUCCCAACACAAGGGUCUUUGGCAUGGGUACCCUGCGAGAAGAGCGAGUCUUCCGUUUAAGUACGUCCGGAUACAAGCAGAGCCAGGAUGGCUCGUCAUCCUUCAUCCUAGAGAUGGACUACCUGGACUUUAACGGGCACUCCAUGGGGUGGGUCGAACCAACUAUCUACGGGAUCGGUUCAUUUCAUGGAUCCAAGCCGAUUUGCCAGUUACCAUUCUUCCCAAUUGUGUAUCAUGAGAAUUGCGCCAGGCUUGAGCGUAAAUUAGUCCAACGAGGAGAGCGACUUCUGGGUCUCCACAUCUCUGGUCAUCUGCAAGAAUAUAAAGGUCAUGCGAUCGAUGGAGAUGAAGGGCAUGGAAAUGGACGUGUCCAGAAAUUCACAGUCAAUGGACGUGUCAUGCUGGAUCCAGUGACCUUCGAUAACACGAAACCAAAUAACGAUCUCUUGCCAAGCAUCUCCACCCCUAUUAAUACACAAUCCUUGGCCGAAGACCAGAUGGGUCUUCUCAGUCCCAUAUUGUACGGCUUCAGCCUAACGGAGAAGCGAUGGGGAGGCUUUGAUGUGAUGCAUCUGCAGAACGUCGAGUGGAAUAAGCGAAUUGAUGAAAUGCUGGUUCUCCCAGAGGACCGAAAGGAUUUCGUAAAAUCGCUGGUCAAGUCCCAGCGGCUAGAUUCUGGCUCCGACAGCUUCGACGAUUUCGUGCGGAAUAAGGGCAAAGGGCUUGUAGGCCUGCUGGCUGGCCCUCCCGGAGUGGGCAAGACGCUAACCGCCGAGGUGGUUGCGGAGAUCACCCGUCGGCCGCUGUACAUGAUCAGCUCUGGAGAGCUGGGACAAUCAACUUCUGCCCUCGAGAAAAAUCUUGCUUCAGCUUUGGCACUGGCGGAAACAUGGAAAGCGGUGCUACUACUUGAUGAAGCGGAUGUUUUCUUGUCUGAGCGAGACAAUGUCAACCUAACCAGGAACGCGAUCACCUCGAUAUUCCUGCGCGAUCUGGAAUAUUAUCAGGGAAUCAUUCUGCUUACCACCAAUCGAAUGUCCAGCAUUGACCCAGCUUUCCAGAGUCGCAUCCACUUUUGCUUUGAGUAUGAUGACUUGAGCGAGCUUGCCCGGCGCCAAAUCUGGUCCCAAUUCCUGUCGCGAUCGGCCAGCCAUUUCGUCUCGGAAGAGGAAAUCAUAGAACUUUCAAAGCUUCCCAUGAACGGCCGACAAAUCAAAAACGCAAUGAAGGUUUCCACCACAGUGGCAAAGGAGCGGAAAGUAUCCUUGACGAAAAACAUUAUCACGCAAGCGCUCACCCUAUCCGGGUCAUCUUGGAGGAAGUUACCACCAGCUGACAGGGCUCUACCAACUGACUCCGAUCUAUCGGACCUUGUUGCAAGAGUCAUCACAGACAUAUCAAAAUUGGACCCAAGUUCAGCAUCCUCGGGUGAAACCCGCGCCAACUCCGGCUCUGCUGUCUCGCCGGCGCACACCCUCACCAAACCCCAGAUCGGAUUUCUCUCUUGCACCGUGUUUCUCAUUAUCAUCACUGCCUUUCAGCUAUGGUCAUUGCAAGACGUCCCCAAUUUGAUUUUCAAGAUCAAAUUGACAUUAAUGUUGGCUUCUGUCUCGGCUGCUGUGGUCAUAUUUCCUAUGGUCUUGGGGUGUUUGAUUUGA